UCUAAAUCCGCGUCCCGAGACGAAUCAAGUCCUCCCCAAAAAUUCUCCCCGUUUGAGGGAAUCCGAGAUCGAGAUCGACCCAUGAAACCUUAAUCUCUCCUCAUAUUUUUCCUCUCCAAAACCCUAAUUCCCUUCUCAAUUCGCUGCUUUCUGCCAGGGAUUCUCGGCGAUCGGCUGGCCGCUUUGGGUCGGAAGCGAAAUCCUUGUCUUCGACUCGAGUGGAUCGCAGCCGGGAGAGAGAUGCAGGCCGGGAAGUGGUUUUCUCGUCGGAUGGGAAUGGAUUCGUUGCGAAAGAUUGGAUUUUGAGUGUGAAAUGCACGUCUUUUUUCGAUCUUUGAAUCCGAUAGGUUUUGGGCGUUUCAGCUUCUCGAUGGCAGAAUUUGCUCCUAUUUACUGAUAAAAAUCCUUUUCUGUUGUUCAAAGCUUUUACAUCUGAAAUGGAAAAGAAGGGAGUCAUAAUCUGAUCUUAUUGAAGUUGAUCAAAGAAAGCAAAAUUCCAGAAAAUGCAGUCAAAAACCCGAAUUCAUGCUGACCCAUCCCUUAAUGAAGAUCAUUUUGAUUGGAUACCCGACCCUCUGGUGCUCCUCAUCUUUAACAAGCUAGCCGAUGUCCGGUCACUUGGCCGCGCUUCAGCUGUCUCGAAGCGCUUCAAUUCCCUUGUCCCCCUUGUCCAUGAUGUCUAUGUUAAGAUCGACCGUGUUGUUACCGUUGAUGGUGAUCUAGAUGAGGCCUUAAACCUAUCUUCCCCGAAACCCCGAAACCUCCUGUCCCACCUCCUUAAGCUCAUGUUCUUGACUGUUCUCAAACCCUUCCACCACCUUCAGAACACCAGCAGUGGGAACAAACCCCUCCUCCCCCAACUAUCCCACCACUCACCUGCUCAAGUCCUGAAGAACUUCACCCACAUUCGCAAUCUUAGGAUUGAACUCCCUGCUGGUGAUGUUGGAACAGAAGAUGGGGUCCUUUUGAAAUGGAGGGCAGAGUUUGGAAGCACACUCCAGAACUGUGUCAUAUUGGGGGGCACCCAGAUGGACCGGAAACCAGCUUCCUCCAAUCAGGAGCAGUCGGUGGAAGACAAUGGGAGUAUUCCUGAGUCAUUCUAUACAAAUGGAGGGCUAAAAUUGCGUGUUGUUUGGACCAUCAGCUCUUUGAUUGCUGCAUCGACAAGGCAUUACCUUCUUCGUCAGAUAAUCAAGGAUCACCCGACGCUGAGGAGCUUGGUUUUGACAGAUGCUGAUGGGCAAGGGACGCUAAGCAUGGGGAUGGAGCAGCUGAAGGAGUUCAGAGAAAAGCCAUUGGCAGCAUCUGCAUCAUCAUGUAGGACUCAAGUGCCAGCGUCCAACAUGAAACUGAGGUAUGCUCCAUACCUGGAGCUCCCUGAGGGAAUGGGAAUGCAGGGUGCUACACUAGUGGCAAUCAAGCCUGCUGGAGAGGGCAGCAGCUGCAGCACUAGCAGCAGGAAGGAGGCGGAGGCAUUUGUUUCUGGGGCCUUUGAUGGACCUUUUAAGGCAGCAGCAAAGGCAUUGGUGAAGCGGCGCACUUACCUGUUAGAGAUGAAUGGUUUCUAGAUUGUUUAGCACCAUGGUUCAGUUCUCUGGGAUAUGGCUUUCAAUCAUUUGAUGGUUCCUUUGCUCCUUUUUAUGGAAUCAUUUGCAGACUACUAAUCUGUAGAGUUGAGGUCUGUACUAGUUUAUCUUCUGCUCGCGAUCUUUUCCUUCUUUCCUAGAAUCUGUACAGUAAUAAUGUAUGGCUCUAUUUAUAUGCUAUGUUAUGUAGGAAGUAGCUCGGUCUAGUUUACCUGAUGCUUGCUAAAUAUGUUAUGUUGCUGGCUUCUUGCGAAAAAGCAAUCACAAUAGUUGUUAGUCUCGAA